AUGCGACCCGCCACUCAGUCGAUCAUGCCCGCGCCCCGAUCCAUGCCCGUGAUGCCACAGUCGAUGAUGCCGCAGUCUAUGCCGGUGAUGCCGAACUCCGUUCCCCAAGAUGGGGAGGACGAUCACCUUCUGAUCCCCCACAGAAUCGAGGACAUGGGUGAUGGCGUGUCGCGGCGCCCUCCGCAAAACCAGCAGAAGCCACCGGCCUGGCAUGCUAUUGAGGAGCGCCAGCACCUCCUCGAAGUGGAGCUGCAGGAGCUUGAGCUGCACCCGGAUGCGCCGGACCUGCAGCCAGGGAUGUUCGAGUCGCUGAAGUACUUCGUCUCGCUGCAUCCGCGGUCCGAGGAGCCUGACCACAUUCCGCUGCCGCGUGACGCGCCGUUGCAGACCGUGGAUGGUCACUACAUCGUUUCGCAGGCGCAGAAGCCCGUGAAGCCCGGUCUGCAGGUCGGAAUCUUUGCUGGCAGCGACGACGAAAGACCCAACCAGAAUGCUGUAGUCACCUUCGAGGAGAUGUUCUCUCUGCGUAUGGAGAAGCUGGAUCAUCAUCUGGUGGCUUACGUGUGGGCCACAAAGAGCGCUCUUCUGGGCAGUCCCGUCACCACUCUCCUUGGGCGAGCCCUGGCACCCCUGCAGGAGUACCAAUUGCAAAGAAGAUCCACAACGUGGGGCAUCUUUGACAUCCUUCAAGGCCAUCGUGUGGCCGAGAUGAGACUAAAGUACCACGUCUGCACGACUCCCGCCGGAGUGACCGAUCUGGCGAUGGCGGAUGUGAAACAGACCGAGGUGACAGUCAAGUGGUCUCCCCCCAAGAACGACCAUGGAGCGCCAAUCAUCGGAUACAAGAUCUCGAUACUGCUGGACCCACAGCCCAACGAACUGCCAGAGUGGUACACGCUCUGUGAGUGCACGAAGUCGCUCAACCCUGUGUACGUCGUUGCCAACCUCAAAGGCAACACCGCCUAUUUGCUAGACGUGCGGGCUGUGAACAAGGUGGGCGCAGGAGACGCCGGGGAGUUUGAGAUUGUCACAGCUCCGGUUCCUCCCGACCCACCAAGCAAGCCCUGGAUCGAGGAGGCGCGUGAUGGCUGCCUCAACGUUGCCUGGACGCCUCCUCCCGGGGAUGGCGGGAUGCCCAUCACGGCUUACAGGAUCCGCAUGCGCAAGAUCCUGGGAGCUUCUCGCUGGAACCCAUUUGGGCCGGGAGAAGCGGCUGCAAGCUGGGUGGAGAUGGGCUCGGUGGGGGCUGCAACAGGUCAGGAGGAUGCCUCCAUGUACAACGCCUGGGUGGGCCCUUUAGAGCUCGGCGCCUGUGAGUACCGGUUCCAGGUGACGGCUUUGAACAAGAUGGGUGAGGGCAAGGAUCAAACUUUCUGCCAGGGCAGGGAUGCAAUGCAGGGCGAGCUGCGCAGCAUGGUCGUUGAGCCGCAAUACCUGGUGGUGAUGAAGGAUGACACCCGCUGGCUUGCCGAGAGCAGCCUCGGGGAGCUGCUCAACUUCUCCCCGAAGUCGGACCCCUUCUUCGUGGUACCGUCCAGCAGAGAUGCAGUGGCUGCCUCCAAUCCGAUGACGCAGACAUUGCAGGCCAUGCAGCCGGUGCCCGAGCGUCGGCCAAAGCUACCGCUUCAGAGCUCCCUUUUGAAAAGGAUACGGAAGGCUGAGCUGUUGAUCAUGCGUGAAUCCAUGGAGGUGGGCUCCGCAAUCUUCUGGCCCAGACCCCUGGGAGGAUCUAGGUGCAUGCGCAACACGCGCAGAGCCAUGUGGCGAGCAGCCUUCCUGAUCUUGGGCUUCUGCUCGGUUGGGGCGCAGGAGCACUGGCCCAGCGACUCCAUCGGGGAGCGCACCACGGAGCGGGUUUCCGCCGGCAAGCGGGCGGGGAAGUUCAUCGCCUGCACCGUGUGCGAACACGUGGUGCAGUCGGCACUGCCCAAGACAAGCGAGGUGGACGACGUCAGGAAGAUCCUCGCGUCGGAGGAGUUCAUAGAGCACCUCGGUGAUGCUAAAGUGUUUUGUGGCAUGAAGCGCCUUGCGACGCUGUUCAAGCGGCUGAAACUCGAGGUGGCCACCUUGCCAGACGGCACAGCCGAGCUGAGGGCUACGAAGAGCCAGUCCGAGCCCUUCUAUGAGGAGAUCAACAAGAGCGAGCUGGCGUUUCACUGGAAGUCCUUCGCGGUGGAGCAUGCUUGUCUCGAAGUCUUCCGGCAAGACGCCGAUAGCCUCCACAGUGCUAUGCUGACAGAGUUUGACAAACUCGUCGCGAACAACCCCACUGAGAGGGAACAGGCCGCAGCGGGCAUGUCAUGCAGCUCGCAUCUCACGAGCCUUUGA